GAGAGUUUCCUUCUUUACGCGCGCAAGUGGUUUGGUGACGGUACUUUCAGUAUGACAGGGAGAGGAAGAACAGGCGAUGGUAAGAGUAAACGCGAAAAGGCAAAUCCCGGUCAGUCGAGCAGCUGCUCGAAGGGCCAAGGAAAUCAUAGCCCUCCUGGUGCCAAAGCAAAGAGCAAUUCCGAGCAAAGGUCCAGUAAUCCCAGAUGCGCGAGCGGAAUCGCGCGUAUUUCCAACGCCACGAAAAAAUGUCCACCUACUUCUGGUGCAGUGGAGUCUAAUUCUUGUGGAUCGCCGCCUCUGAAAUUCAAUGGAGACGUAAAACCAAAACGUCAGAGGGAACCUGCACAAACGACUAGUGUCCCGAUAUGCAAGGAUACUGCCAAAGCCAAGGAAACCAGCACAACUGCGUCCAGAGGAGCCUCAAACCCAGAGCCUAAAUUCGGCACGAAAGAUACCAAGUCUCCCUCCCUGGAUAGGCCCGCAAGUCGUCUUGAGAAAAAGACAGUGACAAGUCCGGCGAAAAAUGACACGUCUGCUAAUAAGGUCCUUCGGUCAACACUUGACAAGCUCAAGAUCAAGAUGACUGCAAAGUCAGAUUCGUCUGGUAUUAUUAAUGAUAUUGUGGAAACAAUUGUCAAACAUAUGAAAGAGAAGUCGGAAUGUUUUCGUGCCGUGGCAAAAGUGCCUACUGGAAGCUACUACGAGAACGUGAAGAUUUCUAAGCCCGACGAGUUCGAUGUGAUGUUGGCGGUACGGGCGGACAGAGUGAUACUGCAGGAAUUCGACUCAGAGGGCGCGUUCUACAGCGUGGCAUUAAAAAGAACACCCAGAGAGGACCCUUUGCGGUGCUUUCUGCAAAAGGACAAUACCAUCUCAGCAAGUGAAAUGUUGAGCGAGUUCAGAGAGCACGUCAAGAAAGCUGUCGAGUCCUUCCCAGAUGUGAAGGUGGAGAGGAAGAAGGCCGGCUGUCCAGCAGUGACCCUCCUGAUAAAGCAGAAGGACAUGGAGAUCGGACUGGACAUUGUCCUCAGUCUGGAAGUGCACAGUUCAUGGCCAGAAUUUACUACGGGUGGUCUUAAGAUUGAAACCUGGCUAGGCACCAAAGUGAAGCGAAACUUCAAGGGACGGCCGUUUUACCUGGUGCCAAAAUAUGCAGGCAAAGGCAACGAGGAAAGAGAUGGAGUCUGUGCCAAAGACGCGUGGCGGAUCUCCUUCUCACACGUGGAAAAGGACAUUCUGACGAACCACGGCCAAGCCAAGACGUGCUGCGAGGCCACAGGGACGAAGUGCUGCAGAAAGCCGUGCCUGAAGCUCCUGAAGCACCUCCUGCACCAGCUGAAGGAGAAGCACCCGAGGCAGCUCUCCCGGUUCUUCUCCUACCUGUGCAAGACCGCCCUGCUCCACGCCUGUGCUAGCAGGGUGUGUGACAGCGACUGGCCCAUGGACAGGCUGAACGACUGCUUUCAGAAGCUCCUGGAAGACUUCCAGGGGCAUUUGAGGCAGGCACACCUGCCCAACUUCUUCAUCCCCACCCAGAACCUCCUGGGCUCGGCGUUUGACAGGAAGAGCCUGGAAUUUCUGGUGAACUGUAUAGAAAGCGAGCGCAGCAGCGGGUUCCCCAUCUUUACACAGUGACUGCAGAUCACACCGCGCCGCCAUUUCAGCGCGGAGACCCAGGGAUGUCUGUCAUCUCAGGCACUAAUAAAAACACAAGACCGCUGCUUUUUAAACAGUGCUGUUGUUUUUAAGUUAUAUUGUAACAAAUAAAGCUAUAUGACAUUCCA